GCUAAAUUAAUUAAACAAACAAACCGAACGAUGAGAGCUUGUGGCUGAAAGUCUUUGUUGAAGAUGUGCUACCAAAAUCAAGCAGUUGCAGCGACGAGAGCAAAACAGUGAUUUCCACCAUUUUCUUCAAGUCAGUGUCGCCAUCAACUUCUUCUAUGUUCAUCGCCCAUGACUACAUUCAUUUCUCCGCGUUAUUGAUGUUAAUUUGAAAUCGAAAACCCUAAUUCCCAAAAUAAAAGUUUGAUAUUCAAUCUCUUUCUUUAAACAACGAUAUGUCAACAAGAUUGAGUGGCUGUUUCACAGACGCAAUCCCACUUGAAGCCCCUACUUCGACCUCUGGAUAUUCAAUUUCUAAUAGGAAUUCAGAAGGUGGUGGAUUAUUUCUUGAUAACAAUACUCUUCCUCAUUAUCUAAUCAAUACCCAUCACUCCUCGACUCGCCGUAGACAUGAUAUUGGUGUUUUCCGGCAAAAAAAUUGGGUUUCCAGAGGUGGGUUCUUGUCAGUUAGUUUAUCAGUUAAGGGAGGUAGCGAUGGCAUUGAUAGAAAUUCCACUACCCAGUUAAUGGCAGAGGCGGUGGGCGCCGGCGAUGGUGUGGUGGAGGAGGAGAGUAAGAAGAAGGUUAUUAUAAGAUUAAGGGGAAAACCUGCUGCUAUGAACACUACAAAGCAUUUGUGGGCUGGGGCCGUUGCUGCCAUGGUUUCAAGAACAUUUGUUGCGCCACUAGAAAGACUAAAGCUGGAAUACAUGCUUCGUGGUGAACAGAAGAAUCUUUUUGAGCUAAUUAAAUCAAUCGCUUCUUCUCAAGGCUUAAAAGGAUUUUGGAAGGGAAACUUCGUUAACAUUCUUCGCACAGCUCCAUUUAAAGCCCUGAAUUUUUGCGCAUACGAUUCCUAUAGAAAGCAACUUCUCCGGUUAACCGGAAAUCAAGAAACAACAAAUUUUGAAAGACUCUUUGCCGGCGCUGGCGCCGGCAUGACUGCUAGCAUUCUUUGCUUACCACUCGACACUAUUCGAACCAAGUUAGUGGCGCCUGGAGGCGAAUCAUUGGGAGGUGUGAUCGGAGCUUUUCGCCACAUCAUUCAAACAGAAGGAUUCUUUUCUCUUUAUAAAGGAUUGGUUCCUUCAAUCUUAAGUAUGGCGCCUUCAAGCGCUGUGUUUUAUGGAGUUUAUGACAUAUUGAAAUCAGCAUAUCUGAAUUCCCCUGAAGGAAAGCAAAGAAUCAAGUAUAUGAAGCAGCAAGGAGAUGAAUUGAACAUUUUGGAACAAUUAGAGUUAGGCCCAAUGAGAACUUUAUUACAUGGUGCCAUUUCUGGUGCUUGUGCUGAGGUGGCAACUUACCCUUUUGAAGUUGUGAGAAGGCAGUUACAGUUGCAAGUUAGAGCAAAUAAAAUGAGUGCAUUAGCAACGUGUGUAAAGAUUGUUGAAAAUGGAGGCGUUUCAGCUCUUUAUGCAGGACUUAUUCCUAGUUUACUUCAGGUAUUACCUUCGGCUGCAAUAAGCUACUUUGUUUAUGAGUUCAUGAAGCUUGUGUUGAAGGUGGAGUAAGUUACCAUGUUCUUGAUUGUAAUUCUUACAUAAAGAAAAUUGUUGAUUGCUUUAAAAUGAUUAUUGAUUGGAGAACAUGUUGGUGAUGAAAUCAGAAUUGAAAUCGGUUUGUUUUUUGAUGAUUUUCUGCUUCAAUUUGGAGAGGGAAGUAGUUGGUUGUUCCAUUGGUGUUUGAUGAACUCAUAUGCGCCAGUAUCUUUAUUUAUUAUACAAUAGAUUAGUUACGUUGAU